CAGAAUGGCACAGUAUAGCCGGGUGCGUGGCGCGAAACAGGUAGUGGUGCAUUUGUUGAGAUAAUAGGUCACUUCGAUUGAUCAACUCCGUCUAGAAUUUCACAAUACAACUACGGAAACAUUUAAUGAACGUUUAAUAUCCCUUAUUACGCUUCAGCGAAUGAAUAUUAUCGAUUUUCGAUUCGAUCACGAUUGAAGCAUCGACCUUGUGACACUUCCUGUAACACAGCUACUUAUUCUAAUAUUUGGGACGUCUGUUUUCAGUUUUUAUUUCGAUCUUGCUUUAUGAACAUAGGAAGAGGAAUUAUCAUAAGAUAAGCCAAGGCUGUACCUGUGAAUCUUUUACGUUUUAUGAAGAUAUAGCAGCGGUGAAAAUUGCACGAAUAAAAGUUCACUGGGAAUGCACGGAUUCGUGCACACUCCUUGGAUUACGUUCCCGUGAAUAUAAAGGGAUUCGACCAAGGAAAAAAUUAUUAAAAAUUCGACACCGGCUUGUCCAAACGGAAAUUCUUAUUUGACGGCGUCUCAAGUUCAAGGAAAGAACUUGAGGACUUGAAAGAAUCAUCAACAGCAAAAGUUUGAAGUUAUGACAACAUCCAAUGGGAUAAAAAAUGACCAAACAUCGGCAGAGGAAUGGCAAAAGAUUUAUACUGGCCAAGAUGAAGACAUGCAUAUUUAUGGAUUCGAAAAAAGCAAAUUGAAAUGUAUUUUGACUUAUAUUUCUUAUGCGUUAACCAUCGGCUGUGUCAGACUUUUCUUCCAUUGGUAUCCCCAAUUACACAUCUAUGCUACCCAUAAAAAAUGCCCUCUGAAUCGAGCCACAAAACUGCUUAUAAGUGAUAACUACCAAGGGAAAUAUAAAUCAUACUUCGUGAAGGAUGUGAAAACUAUUUCAGUAAAGGAUAUCAGUUCGGAAGAUUUAUUAAAAAAUUUAGGCAGCAUCAACGAACAUCUCAUCGAGAAAAUUAGAUGUAAAAAGUUAAAAAUUAAUUUAGAAAAUGGUACACAGUGUGAGAUUGACGAGUAUAAAGCUUUUUGGUGCAAAAAACAAUGUUACAUUUGGGAUAUCACACAAAAUACAUUUUCGAAACUGGUAGGCCUAGACAAGUACACCUUGUGUUCGGAUCUUAAUCUCAACAAUAAUCACGGACUCUCUAAAGAAGAACAAUGUCUUAGACGAAUUGUAUACGGUAGUAAUGAAAUCUUCGUUCCCGUACAAAGCAUAGGCGUAUUACUAGUAUUGGAAGUCUUAAAUCCAUUUUACAUAUUUCAAGUCUUCACCCUAUGCGUAUGGUUCGCAGAUGGCUACUUAUACUAUACUGCAGCAAUCAUUUGUAUGUCACUCUUCGGAAUUAUAAGUUUUAUAAUACAAACUCGUAAGAAUCAAAUUAAUCUUCGCGGUACAGUGGCAUCCACAGAAACUGUUCGCGUGUACAGGAACUCUAAAGUGGCAGAAAAUAUACCGAGCAGUGAUUUGGUACCGGGUGACAUCAUAGAAUUACCCAAGCAUCAGGCUACUGUCGUCUGUGAUGCAGUACUAUUAACAGGGCAAUGCAUUUUAAACGAAUCGAUGCUAACCGGAGAAUCUGUACCGGUAACGAAAACUCCAUUGCCAUCGCGUCACGUAUUGUAUGAUUCUAAAGAAUGCUCCCAUCAUACAAUGUAUAGCGGCACCACUAUCAUCCAAACCAGAUGUCACAGUAACCGCCCAGUUCUAGCUCGGGUUAUACGGACGGGAUUUCACACGAAUAAGGGUUCUCUAGUCGCAGCAAUCUUAUAUCCACCUCCGGCAGAUUUUAAGUUCGAUCAAGAUUCUUAUAAAUUCAUUGGUAUUUUAGCAUUUAUCGCAACAUGCGGUUUUAUCUAUACUAUUGUGACCAAGGCUAAUAGAGGGAUCACAGCCAGAGAUAUAGCAAUAAAAGCCUUGGACAUAAUAACAAUUGUAAUUCCACCGGCAUUACCAGCAGCGAUGACGGUGGGAAAGUUGUACGCUCAAAUACGACUGAAACGAGCACAAAUAUAUUGUAUUAACAAUAGAGUUAUUAACGUAUCUGGCAGUAUAAAUUGUGUGUGUUUUGAUAAGACUGGUACUUUAACAGAAGAUGGUUUGGACAUGUGGGGUAUUGUACCUUGUACAAAUGGUGUUAUUGGUGAAUCAGAAAGAGUUAUUCCAAAAUUAAGUAAUCAUCCUCUGUUUGAAGGAAUGUUAGUUUGUCACAGUUUAACAUUAAUUGAUGGUGAACUCUGUGGAGAUCCUUUAGACAUUAAGAUGUUUGAAAGUACUGGAUGGAUAUUAGAAGAGCUCAGUAAUGAACACUCAGAUAAAUAUGAUCUCAUAGCACCGACGAUCUUAAAACCACCGGAAAAUAAUAGUUUCACACAAAAUAUGAACAAAAUAUUAGAAAUUGGAAUAGUGCAGCAAUAUCAAUUCUCAAGCUCUCUCCAACGAAUGUCUGUGAUAGUACAUGUCUUGGGUACGGAGACGUUUAAAGCUUACACAAAAGGAUCGCCUGAAAUGAUCCUUAGUUUAAGCAAACCUGAAACCGUACCGAAAGACAUAAUGUUUUGUUUGAAACAUUACACAGAACAGGGUUAUCGCGUAAUAGCUAUGGGACGAACAGAAUUGCCCCAAAAUAGUAAUGUGAUAAGGAAAUUGCCUCGAGAUGCAGUUGAACAGAAUCUUGAAUUCUUAGGUUUAGUUAUUAUGGAAAACAGGUUGAAGACGCCAACUAUACCGGUUAUCAAAGAACUGAGAACGGCUAACAUACAUAUCGUGAUGAUCACAGGCGAUAAUAUUCAGACUGCAGUAAGCGUAGCAAAAGAAUGUGGCAUUUUGUCGCCGCAAGAAUCUGUGAUAGACGUAACUGUAAUUAUGGAAGAAAAUAAAUUACAGCCUGAGAUUUAUUUCAAUGCUCAAGAAAUGUCUCCAAAAUUGAACCUCCAUGAUAAAAAUUUCAAAAUACCAAAAUUGAAAGAUAUAGAACGAAAUAUAGGCAGCAUUAAUUAUCGGUUUGCGUUAACAGGUCAAUCUUGGCAAUUGUUACGUGAAUAUUAUCCAGAUAUCGUGGCAAAAAUUUGCGUCCGUGGUGCAAUAUUUGCACGAAUGACUAGCGAUCAAAAACAACAAUUAGUAUUAGAACUUAUGCGACUCGGUUAUUAUGUGGCCAUGUGUGGAGAUGGUGCUAAUGACUGCGGUGCUUUGAGAGCUGCCCACGCGGGUAUAUCCUUAUCCGAAGCAGAAUCUAGUGUCGCAAGUCCUUUUACAUCCAAAGUAUCCGAUAUAACCUGUGUUCCGAAGGUAAUAAGGGAAGGUCGUGCUGCUCUGGUUACAUCAUUUGGAAUCUUCAAAUUUAUGGUCACCUAUUCUCUAACAGAAUUUUUGUCUGUUAUUAUUCUUUAUUCCAUUGAUUCGAAUUUAACAGAUUUAGAAUUUUUAUUUAUCGACAUAUGUCUCAUUCUUAAUUUAGCUUCCUUUUUUGGUAAAACUCAGGCAUACAAAAAAAAGUUAGUAAAAAAACCGCCUAUGACUAGUUUGUUAAGUUUCACAUCGAUCUUCUCUUUAUCGCUACAUAUGUUGAUAAUGACAAUUUUCCAAGCUGUCGCUUAUCACACAGUGCGCACUUUUUCAUGGUUUACACCAUUUAUUUACAAUGAUGAAACUGGAUACAUGUGUUAUGAAAAUUAUUCUGUUUAUUGCAUUUCUAUGUUCCAAUACAUAACGAUGGCUAUAAUAUUUUCACGUGGAAAGCCAUACCGGAAAGCGAUAUAUACGAACAUAGCAUUUAUAAUUUCCAUAAUUUUAUUAAUCAUAGUUUGCACUUAUAUUACAAUUUACCCAGCAAAUUGGAUAGUAAAUUUGCUUCAAUUACUAGUACCACCGGCGUACGAGUGGAGAAUUAUUAUUUUAGUACUCGCUUUUGCAAACUUUGUUGUUUGUUUCUUUGUCGAAAUAUUUGUGAUAGAGUAUUUAAUAGAGAAAAAAUUCAAGUCAAAGUUUUACAAACCUGAAAAAUCUAAGAAGCAAUAUCUAAGGAUAGAACACGAAUUGAAAAAUAACUUAAGUUGGCCAACGCUUAGUAAAGAAGUACCAACAUUGUCAAUAACACCAAGUAUAGAAAAUAUUAUUAACGUAACAUAUCCAGAGAACCAAUCCUAUAUUAAUGAAACUAAAAGGAAUUUAGAAAGCAAUAAACUUCAUCAAACACUAGGGUCAACUAAGAGUAAUAAUGGAUUAUACGCUUUCGAUAAUUACACGUUCGUAGAUGAUGAAUUGUCACGAAAUACAAAUAUGAUAACUAGAUUUUAAUAUGUAUUUGGAAAUACUUUAUUUAAUGUUACAAAAUUUGUACAUACUUAUGUACAAUAUAUGUAUAUAAGUAUUUUCAAAACUGUUCAAGUGUGA